UUUCUCCUCUUCAGACAGAGUUGGACGAUAGAAAGAAAAAUGGAGCGCUUUUGGCUCUGGAUGAUUUUCACACUGUUGCAAGUUUGUGUUUUGUGUUUGGUUCCCGCGUCAGAUCAACAGUGGAAGAAAAUUAGAGACAAGAUUUCUGAUGUUGCUAAAGGGCACACUCCCUGCAACCCUGUCAACUGUAGCUGCCAUCUAAGUGUCCUACGAGAUGACUUGCGUCCCUUUAAAGGGAGAAUCUCCGAGGAUCUCAUGGCUGCGGCGGUUCAGAGAGGGGUGGGCACCCACUACCAGAUCAUCGGACACAAGUUGUACAGAGAACACAACUGUAUGUUUCCUGCCAGAUGCAGUGGGGUGGAGCAUUUCAUCCUGGAUGUCAUUGACAGGUUACCUGACUUGGAGAUGGUGGUAAAUGUCAGGGAUUACCCUCAAGUCCCCAAUUGGGUGCAGCCAACCCUGCCUGUCUUCUCUUUCAGUAAGACAGCAGACUACCAGGACAUCAUGUACCCUGCAUGGACGUUUUGGGAGGGAGGUCCUGCUGUGUGGCCCAUAUAUCCCACUGGACUGGGAAGAUGGGAUCUGAUGAGGGAUGACCUUAAAAAAUCUGCAGCGCAGUGGCCAUGGAAGAAGAAGGAGUCCAAAGGAUUCUUCAGAGGCUCCAGAACCAGUCCAGAGCGCGACCCUCUGAUUCUUCUGUCCAGAGAAGCUCCAGAGCUGGUGGAUGCCGAGUACACAAAAAACCAGGCCUGGAGGUCUGAGAAGGACACACUAGGGAGACCCCCGGCCAAAGAAAUCCCACUGGUCGAUCACUGCAAAUACAAAUAUUUAUUCAACUUCCGAGGUGUGGCAGCCAGCUUCCGCUUCAAACAUCUCUUCCUUUGUGGUUCCCUGGUGUUUCAUGUGGGAGAUGAAUGGCAGGAGUUUUUCUACCCUCAGCUCAAGCCCUGGGUGCACUACAUCCCAGUCAAGCAGGAUCUCUCUGAUGUCAGGGAACUACUACAGUUUGUCAAAGAAAAUGAUGCCAUUGCAGAGGAGAUUGCAACAAGGGGUAAGGAAUUCAUCCUCGUCCACCUGCGGAUGCAAGAUGUUUCCUGCUACUGGGAAAGACUCCUCACUGAGUUCAGCCGUCUUCUCACAUACAAACCCAAAAGAAAGAACAACUUCAACCAGAUUGUCCACAGAUCCAGCAAGAUGGAACUAUAAGAGUGAGACUCUGCAGGACCAGGGCAGCUGAAGUAAAACGCUAGAUAACUAAUGUAAUCACUGCACCACAACAAAUGAUUUCCUCACAACCAACAUGAUGGCAUUCCAUAUUUUUGUCGAAAUCACACUUAAAUUAUCUGAUCUAAAACUGUGCCCAGAUACUCAUAUUUAUUUCUAGCUAGUCCGAGGUUUUAGUCUAAUGUGGAGCACGAUUGGACCAAGUUUCCGGACAGUUACAAGACACAUAGCUUAGUAUUACAGUCAAGUGCAGUUUAAUAUGUUGACUGUGGAUGCUGCCAUACCUUCGAGUGCCACAAGGGAGCCCAUAUGCCAAUUCUGAGUCCUUGAUCACUACCUGAUUCAACUUUAUUUUCAUGGCUGCUGUCUGUACUCACCGGCAAAGUCUAUCUAUGUGAGAAAAGUGAGUAUAAACUGGGAGUGUGGAGCUUAGAAGGUAUGUGAGUGUCUAAUGAAACAUCAUCUGUCUAUCAAACGGCAUUAAGGG